UGGCUAAGCUUGGAUUCCCAUGGCCUCCCGACCUGGAUCCUCCCCCAGCCUCUGUACAGAGUAGCCCGGGAAUAGAUCCACCUCCACCCCUCCAGUAUAAAUAAGUCUGUGUGGCUCACCAGGGAAUAGCUGUGCUUGUUUGGCUGGAGUUAAAGGACACACAGGAGUGAGCGCUCAUAUCAACGAUGACUUCCACAGCGAUGAGCCUGAAGGCCAUCGUCUUCUGCAUCCUGACCUGGGUCAGCCUGGCAACUGGGGACAGGGUAUACAUCCACCCCUUCCAUCUCCUCUUCUACAGCAAGAGCAGCUGUGCCGAGCUGGAGAACCCCAAUGCAGAGACACCGCCAGAGCCGACAUUUGCGCCCGUUCCCAUUCAGGCCAAGACCUCCCCUGUGGAUGAGAAGACCCUGCACGACCAGCUUGUGCUGGCUACUGAAAAGCUAGGGUCCGAGGAUCGCCAGCGGGCUGCCCAGGUCGCCAUGAUAGCCAAUUUCAUGGGUUUCCGCAUGUACAAGAUGCUAAGCGAGGCAGGAGGCGUGGCUAGUGGAGCCAUCCUCUCCCCUCCAGCUCUCUUUGGUACCCUGGUCUCUUUCUACCUUGGGUCUUUGGACCCUACGGCCAGCCAGCUGCAGGCACUGCUGGGUGUUCCUGUGAAGGACAGAGACUGUACCUCCCGGCUGGAUGGGCACAAGGUCCUUGCUGCCCUGCAGGCCAUUCAGGGCUUGCUGGUCACCCAGGGUGAUACUAGCAGCCAGGCACAUCUGCUACAAUCCACUAUAGUGGGCCUAUUCACGGCCCCAGGCCUACGCCUGAAGCAGCCAUUUGUUCAGGGCCUGGCCCCGUUUGCCCCUGCCGUCUUCCCACGCUCUCUGGACUUAGCCACUGACCCAGGUCUUGCCACUGAGAAAAUCAACAGGUUCAUAAAGGCUGUGACAGGAUGGAAGAUGAACUUGCCACUGGAAGGGGUCAGUGCAGACAGCACCCUGCUUUUCAACACCUAUGUUCAUUUCCAAGGGAAGAUGAAAGGCUUCUCCCAGCUGGCUGGACCCCGUGAGUUCUGGGUGGACAACAGCACCACAGUGUCUGUCCCCAUGCUCUCGGGCACUGGGACCUUCCAACACUGGAGCGACUCCCAGAACAACUUCUCGAUGACACGAGUGCCCCUGGGCGAGAGUGCCACCCUGUUGCUGAUCCAACCUCACUGCAUCUCUGAUCUAGACAGGGUAGAGGCCCUCGUCUUCCAGCAUGACUUCCUGACUCGGAUAAAGAACCCGCCUCCUCGGACCAUCCGCCUGACCCUACCCCAGCUGGAAAUCCAAGGAUCCUACAACCUGCAGGAUCUGCUGGCCCAGGCCAAGCUGUCCACCCUUUUGGGUGCUGAGGCAAAUCUGGGCAAGAUCAGUGACACCAACCCCAGGGUGGGAGAGGUUCUCAACAGCGUCCUCUUUGAACUCAAAGCAGGUGAGGAAGAGCAGCCAACGGAGUCUGCUCAGCAGUCUGGCUCACCCGAGGCCCUGGAUGUGACCCUGAGCAGCCCAUUCCUGUUCGCCAUUUAUGAGCGGUACUUAGGUGCCCUGCACUUUCUGGGCAGAAUGGGUAACCCUCAGAGUGUGCUGUGAGGCCUGGUGCCAUAGGGGCUCCUCAAGGCCUCAUGUGCAGCCAUGGAAACAAGGCCAGCUUCAGAGAGCUAUCCUGGGCAAAAAUCAGUGCUGCUACCCCUGGCUUUCCACUACUCCUUCCAGCAAGGCAGAGGCCAUCUCCAUGGAGACUGCACUGGCUGAGAAUAAACAGUGAGCAUCAGAGGUGGCCUCCUGGGCUGCGGGUUUGUUUGGAGACCGGGGUGAGAGCCAGGAGCUGGUACUGAGAGCAAACCACUGCUCUGCGCAGGACUACCAUUCUGGAAAGAAUUUGGACCCAACAACUGUUUGUGAAGCCAAAAAGCAUUCCCUUUUUAUUCAAGAACAAAAAUUGGGUUUUAACAUUAAAAUACACACUGUCCCCUU